GAAAGGCGCCAAAGCCGAAGUCUGGUCGCGGUCCAUUGAUGUCGGUGCAGCUAGUCUGCGUGUGAAUUGUGCCUACGUUGUUUCUUGGGCACAAGGGAUCUCCCCCCCCCCCCCAGCGGGAAUUUCAACAACAAAAAAAGAGUCCUGGUGGCUGAAAGCUGCUGAACAGAGCGAAGAAAGGGAAGGAGUGAGUGAGGCCUGAAGUAGACUUCAUCGGAGCGCUCGGGAAAGCCGGCCGACAAUGAAGGCUGUGAUUUACCAUGCCUUUUCUCAUAAAGAAGCCAAAGAGCAUGAUGUACAGGAGCUGGGAACCCAGCGGGCUGAGGCCUUUGUGAGGGCCUUCCUGAAGAGGAGCAUACCGCACUUGAGCCAGCAAGAUUGCGAGAGCCAUCUGCAACGCAAGGCUGUGGUCUUGGAAUACUUCACUCGCCAGAAGCCAAAGCAGCAGAAGAAGAAAUCCAGAGGCCUCUCUGCCAAACAGAGGAGAGACAUGAGGCUCUUUGACAUUAACCCAGAGCAACAGAGAUACAGUCUCUUCCUUCCUCUGCAUGAACUCUGGAAGCAGUAUAUCCGUGACCUGUGCCACGGGCUCAAGCCAGACACGCAGCCGCAGAUGAUUCAGGCCAAGCUCCUAAAGGCAGAUCUUCAUGGUGCUAUCAUUUCAGUCACGAAAUCCAAGUGCCCCUCCUAUGUGGGAGUCACAGGAAUCCUUCUGCAGGAGACCAAGCAUGUCUUCAAGAUCAUCACCCAAGAAGACCGUCUGAAAGUUAUCCCCAAGCUAAAUUGCGUGUUCACCAUCGAAAUUGAUGGCUUCAUUUCCUACAUUUACGGGAGCAAAUUCCAGCUUCGGUCAAGUGAGAGGUCUGCCAAGAAGUUCAAAGUAAAGGGAACAAUUGACCUGUGAACUCUUUGCCACUGGAGACUGAGAUGUCCCUGGCAGCUGAGAACUGGAAACACCUUAAGUGCCCGCUUAUCCAUGGAGAGCGUUCUGGCUGUGAUUCGCCUCUAGUCCACAGGAAGCAGAGUGGCGGAAGAACAUUGAGCAACACAGAGGAAGUCAGAGGUAGAGAUUUGCCUCUCCGGGGAGGAAAGACUAGCAGAAAAUACACCGGGACUAACCUUGGCUGAUUUGAAGAAGGGGGCCGAUAGGUUGUAUCUUUCAUUCUUUUCUGUGUUUCACAAACAUUCUGUGCUGAAUCCAUUACUCAGUUAAUAACAAAACACAUUACAGGCAUAAAUGAAAGAAUCAGUCUUAAACUUCUGGGUUGAAAGGGAAGGGGUUAUUGAGGCUCCCUCAUCCCGUGGCCACCUACCACCUCUUGUUGCUUUCUGGAUGUCAUCCCUGGUCCAAACUCUGAUCUGCCUACAGUUUACUUUGCUGGUGUCACACACUUAGGCGUAGUGAGCUUGCUAGAUGACUCAGUGCUUCAUACAGCAGUGAGAAUGCAGCAGAGGGCCAGGUCUGCCAGUACCUGUUGGCUGCUGUUUGGAUACAGGUAGGCAAGCCUACCAGCAAGCUUCUUGCUGUAUUCAUAUGGUUCCAGAGGUAGGCCAACAGCAUGUCUCUGAUCUAAGAAGGCCAUGUCUCCAACAGUAAUACCUUUGGACAUCUUAGUUCCAUUUUUGCUGCUGAAAUUGUAACUUUUCUACUAUGUGAGAUCAAAUGAGGUCUCUCUGCACAAGGCCAUUGGAACUGCAGGUCAGGGCUAGCAUAAGAAAUGGGUGGGCUCUAGUCAUUCUGUGCCAGUAUUCAGGAGGUCUUGUUGUUGAAACCUGGUUGAGGGGCCAGUUGCCCCUUGCUUGUAAAAAGUGAGUGUGCUUGGUGGUGGUGGUUCACACCUACAAUUCCAGCAGUCAGUAGGGAGAGUCAGGCAUAUCUCUCCAAGUUCAAGGCCAGCAUGGUCUAUAGAGCAAGUUCCAGGACAGGCUCCAGAGCUACACAGAGAAACCCUGUCUCAAAAGAACCAAAACAAGCAAGUGUCUGCUGUCAGGCUCAGAAGCUCCCCCUGGCAAUAGAACACAUCCAGUCACUCACCCCAGGUAAGCAGUUAUGCUGGUGCUCAAUUCCUUGGUGCCUCCCAAUCAGACUACACUGGAUGGAAGAGGAAUGAGUGAGCCUGGUGUUCUUUAUAUGACUGAGAAACAGCCUACUCCCUCUCAGAAAUCAAAGUGCACCCCCAAAUCCUAGAGAUUAUCCAGGCCCUGGUUCUAUCUGCAACAGUCCUCAUGUCACUGCCAUGGCCUACCUGACCCCCAUGUUACCACACAGUCCUUGUCACCCAGGUUUGCAUCACACACGAACCCUCAGCCUGAAAGUGAUCGUUGCCCAAGGUCUCAUGGACUGGGGAAGAAAGGCUGAGAUCUGAACAAGAAGGUCUGGCUCCAGAUCAUGUUCUUCCCAGCAGGACAGCUACAGGGAGGUGAAAGAGACUGCUGAAAGUGUGUAUAAGUUCCUUAUUUAUAUGUUCCUUAUUUGAGCUGCUGUUCUAAGCAGCUCAAAGUGCAUGGUUGUACUUUGGAGCAGACAAUUUCAUCCCCACCGCUCUGUGAGGUGAAGAGCACAAACAGUUGCUUCCCUGAAAAGCUGCUGAAGCCACUUACUGAGUGCAACAUUUUUCUGCUGACCGCACUCGAGUUUCCAUUGACUAGCUAGGGACAGUCUCUCUCAAGGGAGACAAUGUGGUGCUCACCUGCCACACAGUCUGCUCUUUGCCUUGUCUGGGAUGUGCUGCUGCUGUCUCCCUAACCUCCCAAGGGGACCAAGGUCCGCAGCAUCCUCCCACGUACUAGUCCUAGGGAAACUGUACUUGGUACUCAUGGAACAUGACUAGCCAAAUCCCCACAGCUUCAUGGAGAGUAGCUCUGUCACCAUUUGUGAGAUUUGGGGUGUAGAGAAUCAUGUGUGACAACCAGCUCUGUUGAAUGUAAACCAUUCACUAGAGAAACUUUAGCCUCAGGAAGGGUGCCAUAGAAGCCAAUGGGAAUAGCAGUUGGCACCUCAAGAAAGGGCUCAGACUGCUGCAGAGAUUAGUUUCUACUAAGGCCUCCUCCUGACUGCUCAACAGCCACCUCUCAUUGUUCACAUGGUCUAUCCUCAAGAAAGGGGAACUCUAGUGCAUCUCGUUGAAUUAACAUCUCAUUUAUCCUUAGUUACCACCUUAAAUAUCCUAUCUCCAAACAUAGUUAUAUUGGAGGUUAGAGCUUCAACAUGGGAAUUUGAGGGGGGUUAGUAUACACCUCAGUAACAACUGAAAUAUUCCUAAAUAGAAGCAGUUGGCUGUACCUCCCAGGAAGGUAGUAACAUCCAGCCUGGAUCCCAUCCACAGACAAUGGCCUGAAUAUCCCUGGUGUUUCUUUGGUGUAUGGUAUGCUUGGGCUACCAGCCAACUCAGCCUAACUGCUACAACCCAAGCUCCCAUUUUGAAUUUCAUAGGCCUUGACUUAUCCAGAGUCCUGGAGCUGUCAGCAGCCAAACUCCUCCCUCUUUGUUCCACUGGGGCCAGCACAGCCAGGUUGUAGAUGUGUAGAAUGCCGGGGUGGUUAAUGUCAACAUGACUGGAUUGAGAAAUGCUUUAAAACUGAUCUUCUCGGUGUGGUUCUGAGGAAUUUGCAGAGAGGAUUAGCUGAGAUAUAAAAUCCACCCUAUUCGUGGGAAGUUUCAUUCCCUAAGUUCAAGAGCUGUAAACAAGAAAAGAAAGCUGGCAGCCCCACAGGCAUCCUUGCUCUCUCCACAUCUUGUCUGCCGUGUGUCCUGUUUCACUGUGCCCCCCUUCCCCCAAAGAUGGCAGAAGCUAUGAGCACAGUGAUGCCUUCCUUGUCACGUAUUUUAUCACAGGGCCAAAAGUCUAACAUGAAGGAUGGGCAGAGUUGGCUCCUGAGGAAAGCUAUGGGAUAUGAAGAAUCCAGUCCCAGCCAGGUUCAGAAGCAUCAUAAGGAACCCAGGAAAUCAAAGAACGGCCUGGAAAGGUCUGCCUGCUGUGCUCCCCACCAAGUAGAAGAUGUGGGAAAGGGACCAGUCUCAAUCCCAUAAGAGAUGCCCUAGGUUGCACCCAGCUCAUUAGUGGCCAAGAGAUGGCAGGAACAUCUGCUAACUUUCUAAACCACAGAGCAGGAUACACAAUUCUGAUCAGAUGGUAAUCUGUUGAAUGGGACAACUAGAUCGUAUAAAGGCCUGCGAGAUCAGGCUCCUGGGAUUCCUGCACCAGAUUAAACAGGCACAUGUCCGCAGCAGUGGAUCCUAUGCAGCACUUCAGUCAUACUGAGUCAGACUCCAGGUGUGACACCUACCCUCCAGUCACCAGCAUUUGAGGAUGGUACAUUCAGAUGGCAUCUAAGACUCUUCCAGUCGUGAUGUCUGAUUUGACCAUAGAUUCUUGAGCCAGAAUGCUCUGGAUACUGAAGGAUCCCCCAAUGACCAGUCUUUCAGGUUCUGAAGAAUGAAUGUGAAGAUUCUUCCACGAAUCCAUCAAUUAAUGUAAAAGGCUCACUUUCUGGACAAUGUCUUUAGCAUUAAUUUACUUUGCAUUUCUUAACUAUAAUGCCUCAUUAAGACAUCUGUUAAAUGUCAUAAUAUUAAUUUAAUAGAGGGGGCUCUACUAGAACUGUAUUGGGAUUGUCCAUUUAAUUAACCUCAUAGGCCUCUAAUGGAUGUCUUAACUAGACAUCAUUACCAAGAGUGCUAGACAAAUUAAAAUUGGAGUCAAUAACAUCCUUGGUAAUUUCUCACGAGCUGUGAAGGACAAGCAUUGCUAAGUACGCAAACACAGAGAUGGACUGCAAAGGAAAUGUGUUGGAGCAGCAGGAAAUCCAGAAUGGACAGGGCCCUGAGGGUUCACCAUUCCGUGCCCCAGGAGAUGACAAAGAAAGAUGUUUCCCAGCCACCUAGAUAGCACUCAGGAGCAAAGGCCUCAGCCUUUAUAUGUGCAUUUACGGAAAAGAUUUCUGUCAUACUCCAUCGGGCAGAGCUCCCAGGAGGGGAGGAGUGUGGAAGGGAAGAAGAUGGGGACAAAGGAAGGGAUGAAGAGAGAGAAGCUUUAAAGAGAGGGGAGGGUUGUGACAUUGGACUGUGGACCGGGCACAGUGGAUCUCACUGGGAUAGGGCAGGUUGGCUGGGUGGUGGUUGGGAUGGUUUGAGAUGUAAACACUGCAUUGCUGCUGUUCCACCAACCUCUCACCAGUUCACUCAUGCGGUGCAUCUUUGCAAAGCCUAAGGCUGUCUCCAUAUUCCUCUCAUUUGACCUCCCUCCAAUCAGCAUUUAACAUGGGUAACCAUUCCCCACCCAGGAACUCCUCCAUCCCCACCCUCCUAACCUUCCCAACCUUCCUGGCCACUCCUUCUUAGAGUCCUUCAAUGAAUCUUUGUAGCCCAGACAUAUGCAUAUAAAUAAAUAAUAAAAUGUGUCUUUUUUAAA